UUGGGUUUUGGGACUUAAACAUUGGUCCAUGUCGAGCCGGAUAGGAGCUAGUGCAAUCGGAGAUUGUUCCUUUACAUUGUGCUAAGCCAAAAUUGUUGGUAUAUGAAAUAGGAGCUAGACAUGCAUACAUACAAAUUACAAAGAGCUGCUUUCAAUAGUUUCCUGUGAGCAGGAAUGAGCUAGAAAUACAUGUAUUGAGCUAGAUAAAAUGCAAAGCUUACCUAAGGGUUAAAGUACAACAGAGCUAAUGAGCAUGGUGAAACUCGUUUAUAUAAGCGAGAUAGAGCGAGAAAAAUAUAGAGACAAAGGGCUAAGAGUUUGCGAUAUAAUGAUGAAAUUCGAAACUUCCAAUAAGAGCGUAUGGUGUGGUGAAUAGAAGGUGCUAGAAAUUAACGUAUGUACGUCUGCUUGAAUGAAGCGAUUUGUGUAAAGACGUAACGAGCUUUAUUACGCAGAAAGUCUUUGUGAAGUGAAGAUUGAAAAGCGAGACUAUUUGAUUAAGAGUAAAAAACUAUUUUUAAAUUGCCGGUACAUUGUAGUAAAAAUACAGGAUGGCGAAAGUCGAGAUGCUGUCGGUGUGUGUUCGGGCCAUUGAACGAGCAGCUGCAUAUGUGCGGAGUGAGGAGUUUGCUUCUGUUACGCAUCCCGGUGCUAGUGCGCGUUUAGAAGUAUUAGAAGGGAGGUGGAAACAGUGCAUGGCUUUGCAUGAUGAGCUAGUACUAGAUGUGAAAGAGGGUGACAAGACUAAAAAUUAUGAUGUAGAGCUAGAGAAAGCCGAAGAAGGUUAUUUUGAAGCCCGUGCUGCGCUGCAGGGUAAAAUAAAUGAGCUAUGUCCAACUCCAGUGCCUGUCAAUGCGCCAGCAAAUAUUCAAGUGGAGCUGCAAUAUCCACAACGGCAGAUGGAUUUGAAAAACAAUUGGGGCGAGUUUGAUGGCGCUUUGACAAAAUGGAAGGGGUUUCAUGACCGAUUUAAGGCUGCUGUGCACGAUAAUGAGCAAGUUGCGCCAGCAUUUAAGUUUACUUAUUUGCAGAAGUCGCUAGUGGGCAAGGCCGCACGUACCUUGGGCGAGUGGCAGUUGACCGAUGAGAAUUAUCAUGAAGCUUGGGAGCGAUUAAAACAGCUGUAUGAUAAGAAAUACCACACGUGCCGUGAGUAUUUGCGUCAAUUUUAUAGAUUGCCUUUUUUGGAGCGUGCAUCUUCGGAUGCACUUCAGCGUAUGGCGAAUGUCACUCAUGAGACAUUACGCCAGUUGCGGGCACAGGGGUUGCCGGUUGAGCAUUGGGAUAUGAUUGUUGUGCAUAAUUUACAUGAGCGCCUAGAUGAAGAAACUGGCAAAGCAUGUGAACUUCAGCGGCAAUCCGAAACGCCAACAGCAGCUGAAAUACUCACGUUCCUAGAUAAGCAGGCUGCCGCUUCCUCACAUCAAGCGGAUAAUCGUCGUGCACGAGAGGCUAGUGCAGCUUCGACGACAACACGUGCUAGCCAAAUUAAGAGGGCUCACCAAGGGGCUAGCAAUGGAGCGAGUACGACCAGAGCUAGCAUUGGGCAGAAGAGCAACGAGCGAGAGAAGAAAACAUAUCCGUGCCAUCUAUGUAAAGGAGAUCAUGGGCUCUACAAAUGCCCAGAUUUCUUGAGCUUGAAUUUGCGGUCACGCAAGGCAUACGUAGAGCGGCAUAAGUUAUGUCCAAAUUGUUUUAAGCAGGGGCAUGCUGCAAAGGAUUGUUACUCAGGACCUUGCAAUCGCUGUCCGGGUAAAAUUCUUCAUAAUAGCGUUUUGUGCCCAACCAGGGAAGUCAACAAACAUUUGAUGCUGGUGCAGGACAAAGGUAAUCCUAACAGAGCUAGUAGCCCAUCAAAGUCGGUAGUGAAACGCAAACCGGAGAAUGGCAACAUGACGUUCUGACAAGCAAGUAAACGAAGCAGGACGGAGCUAGGAGCAGAUGAGGUAAUGGAACUUAAUGUGUUAGAGCAUAGUAGUAAUAAACAGGCAGAAGUGCA